AAUGCAUUAUACCACAAGGUCUCUUUAAUGACAUAAUACGAAUGACAUGGGGGAAAAUAUUUCAUAUACACACACACUUAAAGGCAGAUACGCUGCUGCAUGUGUGAUUUCUGUUUUUUAAAAUAAGUGUUUUAGGUUCAUAAUGCUCUAAUGGGUUCAUGCCAUGUUUCCUCCAAAUACCAAACACAGUAAACAGAAGUCGCCCCUGCCCCUUUUCCAUUUAUUUCAUAUAUAUUACAGAAAAAUAGUCAACAGAGUUGUUACCACCUGAGAGUUUAUUAUUGUCUUGUAACUGUGCAUUCUAUUCUUUAUUACACUUAUACCUUUACAAACUGCAAAUGAUUAUCUACAUCUCUCUAUAAAAAUAUAACACAUCCUAUUUUUAUUUGCUUACAACUACAUUUAACAUUGUGUAAUGUCCACGAACGUCCCUGCUAACACUUAUGUACUCCAGUAAAAAGCACAGUACACAAACAGAUGCCUGUCAUCUGUAACAUCCUCCUCACCCCAUCCCCACAUUAUUUCAUUACAUACAAUAUUGUCUCUUUUGUUCUAAAUACGUAUUUGUUCUCACACAUUUGAAGACUUUUUCAUUUGUCACUUUUUGCCAUGAAAACGCUCACAGGAGAAUGUUUGAUUAAAGUGACUUUCCAAACAUCGCUCUUUUGCGCUGCUCUACUCAAACCCUAAACCACAGGUUCCCACCAACCCCCCGACUUCUAGUUCAUGUCCGCCCAGGUGGGAGGAGCUGGGUCAGGUCCGACUCCUCAUCUGGAUUUUUGGUUAGAUUCUACCCAGAUUCACUUCUGGUUCAAGUCCGCACAGGUAGGAGGUGCUGGAAUAGAUCUGACUCCACCCCCUCAACUUCUGGUUCAAGUCUGCACAGGUAGGAGAAGCUGGAAUAGAUCUGACUCCACACCCUCGACUUCUGGAUGGAGCCCGCACAGGUAGGAGGAGCUGGAAUAUAUCUGACUCCACCCCCUCAACUUCUGGAUAGACCCCGCACAGGUAGGAGGAGCUGGAAUAGAUCUCCACCCCAUCGACUUCUGGAUGGAGCCCGCACCGGUAUGACUCCACCCCCUCGACUUCUUAUUGGUGUCUGCACAGGUAGGAUCCAGGAGUUGCUGGAUCAGAUCCGACUCCACCCCCUGAACUUUCGGUUCUGCAGCCAGCGCUGGGUCUUUGUGGAACGACAGUAAUUCAUGCUUUUUGAACGUAUUCAUAAUAUAGAUAUUAGGCCAGCAUUCCUGUGAGAGUACCACAAAUCCUAAACAAAUACAAUUCCUGCUGAAUUUUUUUGUUUGUUUGUUUUCGUCUCUGUCAGUAGCGCAAGGUGAGCUCCUCCUUAUCGUCGUUUCAUCCUGCCCAGGUUUCCCACACGUUUUCCGUCAAAACCCGGCGUCCUGCGCUAUGAUUGGUUAGCAGUUAAUACAAACAAAGUAAUCCGCCAAUUACGCACCGGCGGCUGCGUGGUGAAUACGAAGCGUGGAGGCGGGGCUUUGUCAGAAAACGGGUAGAGCCAAUGCCGCGUUCCACAGUCGUUAAGCGCCCCGGGACCGGGAGGAGGCAGCGCGCCGGGAUUGGCUACAGAAAGGGAGUGGAGCUGAAGGUAGAGCUGAACAGGUCUCACUGACGCCACACAGGACAGGAGGAAAAGGAUGCUGAAAGACACGGAGCCGUGUCACAUCGCCCUGCAGCACUAAACCGAAGCACAGGGUCGGACACGUCCAGCGUUUCUGAAUCCGCCGUCCAGCUCAUAGCAAAGUCCGCGUUAUGGAUUAGAGAGAAAGCAGGUCGAGAAGCCACGGUAAAUCCCCGCGGUGUGUGAUCCGGAUUUACAGUGUAGGAUAAAGGCUAAAUUGCCCUCGGGAAGCCGACGCGGGACGAUGGACGCGAACAUGCGGAAAUUCACAGUACGGAGGUGGUUCUCGGUUUACCUGCGCAGGAAGUCGCGCUCCAAAAGCUCCAGCCUGUGCAAACUCGAGGAUGACAGCAUCCUGAAAGAGAUCGAUAUAAGCAACCACGUGAAAGAAGGCUUUGAGAAAGCUGACCCAUCACAGUUUGAGCUUCUUAAAGUGUUGGGACAGGGCUCCUACGGCAAGGUAUUUCUGGUUAGAAAAAUUAAAGGCUCAGACACUGGGCAACUCUAUGCCAUGAAGGUGUUAAAAAAGGCCACCCUGAAAGUGCGUGACAGGGUGCGAUCCAAAAUGGAGAGGGACAUUCUUGCUGAAGUGAAUCAUCCCUUCAUAGUGAAACUUCACUAUGCUUUUCAGACUGAGGGAAAACUGUAUCUCAUCCUGGACUUCCUAAGAGGAGGUGAUCUGUUCACCCGUCUCUCCAAAGAGGUCAUGUUUACUGAGGAGGAUGUGAAGUUCUAUCUGGCUGAGCUGGCUUUAGCUCUGGACCAUCUUCACAGCCUGGGAAUUAUCUACCGUGACCUCAAGCCAGAAAACAUUCUUCUUGAUGAAGAUGGGCAUAUAAAGAUCACUGAUUUUGGUCUGAGUAAAGAAGCGAUAGAUCACGACAAGAGAGCAUACUCGUUCUGUGGGACCAUCGAGUACAUGGCCCCAGAGGUAGUCAAUAGGAGAGGACACACGCAAAGUGCAGACUGGUGGUCUUUUGGCGUGCUGAUGUUUGAAAUGCUGACUGGAUCUCUGCCUUUUCAAGGCAAAGACCGCAAGGAGACCAUGGCACUUAUUCUCAAGGCAAAGCUUGGCAUGCCACAAUUCUUAAGCCCAGAGGUGCAGAGUUUACUGCGAGCACUUUUUAAAAGGAAUCCAACCAACAGAUUAGGAGCGGGACCUGACGGAGUGGAAGAAAUCAAAAGGCAUCAUUUCUUCGCACCCAUAGAUUGGAAUAAAUUAUACAGGAAGGAGAUCAAACCUCCAUUCAAACCAGCAGUUGGCAGACCAGAGGACACUUUCCAUUUCGACCCUGAAUUCACUUCCCGCACGCCAACAGACUCACCGGGUGUUCCUCCCAGUGCUAAUGCCCAUCAGCUUUUCCGUGGUUUCAGCUUUGUGGCCACCAAUCUAGGACAGGAGCAGUGUAUAACAGAGACCAGACCGAACUCCAUUAAUCCUAUAGUGCAGCAACUUCAUAGCAACAACAUCCAUUUCACUGACGGAUAUGAAAUUAAAGAGGACAUCGGCGUCGGCUCGUAUUCAGUAUGCAAACGCUGCGUCCACAGAAUCACCAGUGUAGAAUAUGCUGUUAAAAUCAUAGACAGAGCUAAGAAGGACCCAUCGGAGGAGAUCGAGAUCCUGUUGCGAUAUGGACAACACCCCAACAUCAUCACUCUGAAAGACGUCUACGAUGAUGGGAAGUUUGUGUAUCUGGUUAUGGAACUGAUGCGUGGAGGCGAGCUGCUCGACCGUAUCCUGCACCACAAGGGCUUCUCGGAGAGAGAGGCCUCUGCUGUGCUCUGCACCAUAACCAAGACUGUGGAGUAUCUCCACUCACAGGGGGUUGUACAUCGAGACCUGAAGCCUAGCAAUAUCCUGUACAUGGAUGAGACGGGUGACCCGGAUUCGAUAAGGAUCUGCGACUUCGGUUUCGCGAAACAACUCCGGGCUGAAAACGGCCUCCUCAUGACACCUUGCUACACUGCCAACUUUGUGGCUCCAGAGGUUCUGAAGAAGCAGGGAUACGAUGCUGCUUGUGACAUCUGGAGUCUGGGAAUCUUACUGUACACCAUGCUUGCAGGGUUCACGCCCUUCGCCAGUGGACCUGAUGAUACCCCAGAGGAAAUCUUGGCUCGAAUCGGCAGUGGCAAAUACACCCUCUCUGGGGGCAACUGGGACAUGGUGUCUGACGCUGCUAAGGACAUCGUGACUAAAAUGCUGCAUGUGGACCCUCACCAGCGGCUCACCGCCCCUCUGGUCCUCCGUCACCCGUGGAUCGUAAACCAAGAGCAGUUAUCUCUGAAUCAGCUCACCCGAAAAGACGUGCACCUGGUCAAGGGAGCAAUGGCCGCUACAUAUUCAGCUCUUAACCGAACGCCACAGGCUCCCAAGCUCGAGCCUGUCCUUGCAUCCUGUCUGGCUCAGAGAAGAGGAAUGAAGAGAGUGACGUCCACUUGCUUGUAGCACACAAUCAAACAGCACCACCUAUAGGCCGUGAAGAUACUCGUGUCAAGCCUGGGAGAAGGAACCAGGCAAAUCAUCAAUGCACAACGGGGAGCAGUCAUGUGACCAUUGAAGAUGGUAGAAUUUUACCCCACGUAUACAGCUUUAGGAAAGCGAGCGGCUGAUAGCCGCUCGGAUUAACGCAGAGGGCGUUGCGAUUAGAUCCCUGCUCUAAUCCUGAAACGAGGCACAGCCAGGGAAUUGUAGUGACGGGAGUUUAGAUUGUCUCACCAACCAAGAGCACAAAUAACAUAACCUGCAAGCUCAAACUGUGAAGGGUGUCAUGUCCCACAAGCCAUCUUGAAAUGUUUGGACCUGACUGCUGUCCAAUUGCGCCAGAUUACUGUCAUUCCCCAUCUGGAUCUGGAAGUAAUAUAUUUACAGUGAAUGUGCCCACAAAAUUCACAUAUUUCGUGGACAGCUAGACUGUAGUGCAUGUUGAAACACUAACACGCAGGGAAAAUUUGUACAAACACAGUUAUCCCUUAGCCCAAAUGUGAUCAGUAAAUCAAGGUGAGUUUGGUGUCCUUUUAAAGUUUACUUCUUUAGAUGCUACUAACAAGGAAAGCUCAUAGCCACCAGCUCGUCUCAACCCACACCGAGUUCUCCAGUAAUCUCCAAUUGAAAAAUUGUACAUUUCUUCCAGAACUGUUCCGUUAAUCCUAUUUAAUUUAUCUAUAAAGUCAUUCGACAUAUACAGUGGUAUGUAUAUAGGUCAGAGCCCUAUAAAAUAAGAUCAGAGCCCUAAAAAAUGCUUCUUUGGCUAGCUCAGGUGUUCAGCAUUCAGCACAUGUACAUUUACAGUGCAUUUACAUAACCACAGCAGAACAAGCAAUAUUAACUACAAGAGACUUAGUAAACGGACAAGACUAUAAAAGAUGCCAGCAUUAUUGACAUUUCUUUAUCUAAUUCCAGCACGCAUGCAAUCUAAGUGGUUUUAUGAAUGAAAAAAGGACACGGUUCAUUUUUGUCUUCUUAUUGCUUCAUAGUUUAUAGUGAACUGCUUCAAAGAGAUGUGAUUCCUGAGAGAUGUGAAAAUUUUGUUGUUGUUGUUCAACACCAUUUCAAACAAUUUCUGUAUUCAAAAUAUUUUUUAAUCAUUUAUUUUUUAAUUAAUGCAUUUAUUUCAAAUAAUCAUUUCUUGAUAUGUUUAUUUGUUUCAAAUAAUAAUUGUUUUAACAUAAAUUUAUUGAUUUAUUAUUUAUUUCGCCUGCUGUUGAAGUGCACUUGACAGGGUUUUGUUCGACAGUGAAACUUGUAAAUGAGAGCCCGAGUUUUGCACUAACCUUUUUGUUUUCCAGAAUUUUUACUAAAAUAUGAGAUAAAUAUAUGCAGACGAUUCUGAGAUUUCUGAGAAACGGAAUUAAAUGUGCGAAGUAUUUUUAGAUAUCAGAGGUUUAGCAUGUGGUUUGCCUAAUCUUACCUGUGAAAACGCUUGUUUAUGUAUGCGUGCUCGUUUCAGGUUUUCUAUUCGAUGUGAAUUUCAUUGUACAGAAUAUAUCUUAUUCAUUUAAUAUGCUACAUGGUGGAAGCAUACAUUUUACCCAUUUACCUCAAUAAUAAGCCUUGUGCUUUAAUUCAAACCAAAAUGGCACAAUUAUGUCACUGUUCUUUUAUUCAUUGUAUUCAGGAUUUUGAACUUUAAUUCUAAACUUAUACAUGUUUAUAUCAGGCUCUUGAACACCUGCAGGCGAAUACAGUGAUUUUUAUAUGUCCAGUUAAAAUAGGGAGCAGUAAUCUUAAUUAUUUAUUUAUUUUAUUAUUUGAAGAAAGAGAUUUUCCUGUGUCUUUGCCAUCUUACCAUAGCUUGCAUAGGGCUUUUUUUUUUUUAUUGCAAUGCUUGUUUCCUUUGGCUGGGAUGUGUAUGAAAUGUAGAAUGUUUUACCAACAUUCUUACAUGCAUGUACGAAGUUACUUUGAGAUAAGGAUGAUGUUAAAUCUAAAACUUCAAACGCAAAAUUAUGACGAUGUAGGACCGCCGUGCACUUUCAGAAAUAAAAGUACCACGAUGCACUUUUUCUUAUCGCUAGGGUGCUACUAUCAAGGGUGCAUCAUUCGUACCAUUAAUAUGUGUCUUUUACCCAGGAAUGUGCAUGUGAUGUACCUGUGAUUGAUCAUUUUAUAGUAAAGCUUUAAAGGAUACAUCAGUGGGUUUUUUUUAUUUUUUUUUUAGGUCCAAUUAUGUGUAAAGAUACAAGGAAUAAAGAUACAUAGUGACUGUACCACCCCAGCCCCAAGGAAAAGUGCAUUUUGGUACCUUUAUUUCUGAGAGUGUGGAUCAGGUGCAGAGAAAAAUGAACAACCAUAGUCAUACUGUUAUUUUUGUCCUUCAUAUUGGCUUGCAUGCCAGCAAUUUCUAAAUAAAUUCUAUUGAAAAAUGUAC